AUGGAAUCGAAGGCGCCCUUGCUUCCCCAGACGCAGGAGCAUGCGCCCGCCGACGCGACCAUGCCACGACCUCAACAGAAGCGCAGGAUACACGCUGCGAUGUUGGCGAUUUUGCUUGGCUUCUUCUGGCUUGCGAGGACUUGGAGUUGCGAGCAUGAGCAUAUGGAUACAAAAGCGAGGGUGCCGCUGGAUGUGCACAUAAUGUCUAAAUGCCCAGAUGCACGCGCCUGUCUCCAGAAACUCGUCGUCCCGACCAUGGCCAACGUAUCUGACAAAGUCGACUUCAGACUGUCCUUCAUCGGCCAACUCACCAACGAAGAUGACGGCGUUCAAUGCAAACACGGCCAAACCGAAUGCCUCGGCAACAUCGUCCUCCUCUGCGCCGCCCGCGAAUACCCCGACCCAAAACUGCACCUAGGCUUCACAAACUGCCUGAUCAACGACUACCAAGAAAUCCCCAAGCGCCAGCUCAUCGAGGACUGCGCGCUCGAACAUGGCCUUGAUUUCGGCGUGCUGAAUGAUUGCAUGAGCAAGGAUACUGGUGCGUUUGGUAUGGGCUUGUUGAGGGAUAGUGUCAAGCAUAGCCAGGAUGUUGGAGCGGGGAUUAGCUGUACGGUCAGGUUGGAUGAUAAGGUUAGGUGUGUGUAUGAUGGUGGGGAAUGGAAGGAUUGUAAGGAUGGGCAUAAGCCGGAGGAUUUGAUUGGGGAUAUUGAGAGGUUAUAUGAUGAGGCGCAGGGGUGGACUUUGGCUUGA